AUGGCGAAAAGAUUACUCGAGAGAUUUCGGGUGCGAGAUGACCAUGAGCACGGAUACGAGACGACGAAAUGGAUCAAUCCUGAUAUCGCUCCUCUGCCUCCCAACAGAAGAACGUGGGGAAUGUGGGCAUUCCUGGGUUUCGGAUCCAUCUCCAAUCUUUGUAUUUCGGCAUGGACAGGCGCGGCUUCCCUGCUGUCGCUGGGUCUCACCAUCCCGCAGACCAUCGGUCUGAUGAUCCUGGCUAGAGCUCUGAUUUGUCUGCUCGUCAUCGGUAACGGAUGGAUGGGCUCUGAAUGGCACAUUGGGUUUACUGUGUCUCAAAGAAUCAUUCUGGGCAUGAACGGUGCCUACAUCGGCCAAUUGAUCCGAAUUAUGCUAUCCAUCGUCUGGUACGGCUCUCAAGCCUGGCUGGGUGGUCUCUGCGUAUCUGCUAUGCUUAGCAGUUGGAGCUACAACUUUUUGAUGAUGGAGAACACGCUCCCAGAGAGCGCGCACAUGGUCACCAGAGACCUUGUGGGAUUCGUCAUCUUCCACUUGAUCUCGGUUCCAUUCCUGCUCAUCAGGAUUGAGAAAGCGAAGAUUCCCGUCAUCACGGCCAACCUCAUUGUCUUCGUCACAAUGAUGGGCAUCACGAUCUGGGCCUGCACUACCGGCGGCACAGGCCCUCUCUUCGAGUCCGGCGCCAAGCAGCCCUCCCUCCUCACAAAGGAAUGGGCCUGGGUCUACGGCAUCAUCGCCUCAGUCGGCAACAUCUCGGCCGGUAUUCUCAACCAGUCCGACUUCACGCGUUUUGCCCGCAAGCAAGGCAUCCAGGUCCCCGGUAUCAUCUUCUCGCUCUUCAUCCCGGGCAUGAUCGUGCCCAUUUUCGCCAUCCUUACUGCCUCGGCCUCCAUGGAGAUUUGGGAGCUCGAAGAGCCCAUGUGGAACCCGUUGACCGUCAUCACGCAGUGGAUGAUGGACGACUACAGUUCCAAGGCCCGCGCUGGUGCCUUCUUUUGCAGUUUGGGCUUCGUUCUCGGCCAGAUUGCGGAGAAUAUUCUCGGCAAUGGAUAUGCUGCCGGUAUGGAUCUCGCGGGUUUGCUCCCUACCUGGAUCACUGUCAAGCGUGGCGCGCUUCUGGCCGCGGCUCUAUCGUGGGCUGUUCAGCCGUGGGAGUUUUACAACACUGCUAGCACGUUUGUGUCUGUGGCGGCUAGUUUCUCCGUCUUUAUGGGCCCCUUGACUGGCAUCAUGAUGACCGACUACUUUGUCGUCCGCCGGCAGAAGAUUGAAAUCAGCCAGUUGUACACUGGGUCCAAGGAGGGAGCCUACUGGUACACUUACGGUUUCAACUGGAGAGCCUUUGUCGCUUGGGUCGUCUGCUUCGUCCCCGCCAUGCCGGGUAUGAUUGCCGCGGUCAACCCCAACGUCAAGAUCAACGAUGGACUUUACAAGUAUUACCUUGGCAACUACAUUUUCGGUUUUCUGGAGGCUGGAGCGCUCUACGCUCUCCUGACCUUUGUCUUCAAGCCACAGAGGCUUGGAUGCCAGGAUGACUUUGAUCUCUAUGGCACAUUCGAGGAUGAUGUCGCGAUCAGCAAGGGCAUGGCGCCUUUUGAAAGACCUAAGGGAGUUGAUGGGCCCAUCGAAGGAAGAUCGGUACAUCUCCAAGAUGACGGGUCCAAGAACAAGCCCGGGCCCUCGAUUGCUGUUUAA